GUAGAGUUGGUGAUCUUCAAGAUCUAACAACGAGAGCAGAAGAAACUUUAUUGAAAUGCAAAUGGUACUUUCAGAAAAAUGGUCUCAGAGUAAAUGAAUCCAAAACUCAGUGCAUUUUUAUUGGUAGCCAACAAAUUAUCUCCCGCAUCCCUGCAGACACUCAUAUAUUAUUUGGAAAUACAAGAAUAAUCCCCAGUGACAAUGUGAAGAAUUUAGGAAUAUACAUGGACCGUUAUAUGCGCUUUGAUAGUCAUAUAGACGCAAUGUGCAAGAAGGUAACAGGAACUCUCCUCUACAUCAACCGAUUCAGAGACAGAUUCGACACACCCACAAGGCUUUUGAUAGUCCAGGCUCUUGCACUGAGCAUUAUCAAUUAUUGCUCCCGAAUAUGGGGUGUGGCCAGUAAAACACAGAUUGAAAGAGUCCAGAAACUACAAAACUUUGCAAGUAAAGUAGUCUUGGGUGGCCGCAAAUACGACCAUGUUAGUCCCAUUCUAAAUGAGCUGCAAUGGUUGAGAAUUGACCAGAAAUGUGCCUUCGAUUUAUGUAUUUUAGUUUUUAAAAUAUUAAGACAACAGCUUCCUCACUGGCUGUUUCCACUUCCGAAUGUGAGUGAUGGCCAUGGUUUGGGAACCAGGCAAAGCAACGAUCUAUUAGUUCCUCGAACCUUCACGUACAUUGGAAAAAAGUCAUUUCAUGUAAGAGGACCUCUACUGUGGAAUAGUUUACCACAAUCAUUGAAGGAUGUGGAAAGCAUAAUUUCUUUUAAAAAGAAACUCAAAGUCUUCCUACUAAAUAAGUAAUCUCAGUAAUUUUAAUUAAUUCCAAUGUUUUACAUUUCAUUCUUUAUUUUAUGUAAUGCUAUGAUUUUAUUGAUUUCAUGUAACGCCAUGAUUUUAUUGAUUUUAUGUAACUCUUAUGAUUUUAUUGAUUUUAUGUAACACUAUGAUUUAAUUUAGUUUAAGUAACGCUAUGAUUUUAUGUAACGUCAUGAUUUUAUUGAUUUUAUGUAACGCUAAUGAUUUUAUUGAUUUUAUGUAACGUCAUGAUUUUAUUGAUUUUAUGUAAGUAAGUGGAUACACAAAACUAUGUGAUUUCUUUUGAUCUCAUGUGAAUUAUCUAUGAUUUAAAGAGAUAUAUUUCUUUCCAUACAUAAUUUAUCCAAUUAUAUGUUGACGUUAGGCGACAAAUCUUAACUCAUGUGAUAUUGUAUUUACUUGCCAUGUAAGUUUGUAAUAACCAUUAUUAUGGAAUAAACUUUUUGAAUUUGAAUUUGAA